AUUGUGACUCCAGACCGUUACCUGGCACUGGGUCUUACCUCUGGCAUUCCUAUCAGAGCCUGAACCACAGACAGUACCUUAGACUCUAAGCUUAAGCACCUUGUGCCUUGUUUUUGUGGCUAAGGAUUCUCAGAGUUGUGGGAUGCUGACAAAGUUUAUCCCAAAGGCUCUGAUUCUACUUCCUCCACAAGCUUCAGCAUGGCAGUGUCUCCCACCACUUGUUUUGGUCCAAGGGCAGAAAUGAGCAUCCUGGAAAUCAAUCAGUACUUGCGCUCUGAACUGGAAAAGUGCAAAGAGAAUUUUCGAGACCUCACAGAGAAAUUCCUGACAUUCAAAGCUACUGUUUACUCCCUGGCCAAUCACCUGCAGAAAUACAAGUGUGAAGAGGGCAAAGACCUUAUAGAAUCUGUGCUGGAGGAGGAGCUGCAGUUUCAGGAGAGGGAGCUGGCUGAACUGCCAAGGCCAGCUGCAAGGCUUCGGAUACAUGACCCCUUAAUUCAGGCUCAGGCUGAAGAACUGACCCACUUAAGACAGAAGAUACAGGAAGGGAGAGAUGUCUGCUACCUUUUCACCCAGCAUGUGAAGGACACAGUCAAGUCUUUUGAGGGCCUUCUCAGGAACACUGGCAUUGCCUACUACCAGAGACAGAGAUUCUGUGAGCAAAUGGUGCAAGGAAGACAGCUGACAGAGAUCCUUGUCAGAAAACUUGCCACAGGUAAGUUGGCUGCAGGCUCUGAAGACCCUUAGCUCCUCCCAAGUGCCCCAAAGUGGGGAGAAAAAAUGCAAAGUUAUCUCCAUUGUAGAUUUUAUUUUAGUUUUGACUAUGGUCCUUCAUCUGCAUUCUAUUGUUUUCUCUUUAGAGCACUCAGGUAAUCACUUUUCAUAUUCUCUCAAGAGUUCUGAGUUUUGUUUUUUAUUUUGAGACAGAGUCUUGCUCUCUUACCCAAGCUGGAGUGCAGUGACAUGAUCUUGGCUGACUGCAGUCUGUGCCUCCUGGGCUCAAGCAAUCCUCCCACCUCAGCCUUCCAAGUAGCUGGGACUACAGGUGUGUGCCACCACACCUGGCUAAUUUUUGUAUUUUUUGUAGAGACAGGGUUUCUCCAUGUUGCCCAGGCUGGUCUUGAACUACUGAGCUCAAGCGAUCCACCUGCUGUGGCCUCCCAAAAUGCUGGGAUUACAGACAUGAGCCACUGUGCCUGGCCUAAGAGUUCUUGGUUUCAAUCAGUAAGAGAGAUACAGUAUAGUGGAUUACUUCAUCUUGAUGAGCAUAAGAACUCACCUUCAUUUCUGGAAGAUGUUUUCACUGGAUAUAGGAUUCUAGUUGACAGUUUGUGUUUUUAAAAAGUGUUUGAAAAGUGAUAUUCCACUGUUUUCUGGCUUACAUUGUUUCCAACAAGAAGUCUGCCAUAAUUCUUAUUUUUGUUCCUCCGUAUAUAA